AACACAAGAGGUGUAUCUCCGAGAUAUCGAAGGUGUGCAGAGCUUCCUCUUGCCUCACAAGCUGAGCGUUUGGGCCACUGUUUUCGUUGCUCUUGCCUUGUUUCACCUCUCUGGCUCGCUCUCCCUUAAAUGGAGCUGCUGCUAUGUCCGACUUGGUGCACUGUCUCAGUUGUGGCGAUGAUAGCGAGCGCGCUGGUAAGGCACGGCUCGCAACGAAAACUUAAAACUGUCUUCGGUCGGGCCAGUGUAACUCGAGAAAGUUGAAACUGUAACAAUAAGGCACUCAUAACACCGCCCCAUGAGUCAUCCAGUGUUUACAUGGGGAAGGCUGGUUCUAGUUCAUCACCGAUCCUAUCGAAGCAAAAUACACAAGUCAAGUUACCACGGAUUUUCAUAACCAGCUAAUGCCCGAUCUUGACACGUUGUGAAUGGUCGAAGCCGCAGAGAACACCUGAUUCUUAAGAAGAACUGUUAACUAAUUGUCUGCUCCGCUUACAAACGAACGCCAGCUGACACUAUGACCACUAAUGGCUUCGGGAUCCAGAGCUUAGCAGCGCCAGGGGACGCAGCCAUGGGGUUGCUUUCCUCUCCUUCGGAUAGCUUUUCCAUUUGGGUCGACGGCGAGGAGCACUGUAUAUCCGGCGUGGACUCAAGCACCACCUGCGCAGAUCUAAUCUGCGCAUUAAUCAGCUACCAAACUGCCCAGCAACAUGUGCUCAGCAAGGAAGAAGUACUCGCUCCACAGCAGUUUGCCAUUGUACAUAAGCAGCGUCACUACGAGGAGUACUUGGACAGCAGUGCCAGGCUCAUUGAUGUUAUUACCAGCCUCCACGCUAUGCCGAAAGAGGAAUACCAGCUCCAGCUUCGUCAUUUGGCCACUUCAAAUCGAAAACAAAUCCCGACGACCGAUAAGGACAGUGGAAUGGGCAGUCCAGUAGACAGUUCGCGGAGUAUGCGUUUCCGGCGGAGGGGCAAGCACAAGGUGCUGCCCUCCACUAACACCACGGACAAUAUCAACACUAAGCAGUCGAAGAGAAGCCGGAAGCUGCAGCAGAGGAACGACCACUUAACUCCGAACGAGAGUCUACUUACCAUUAUCCUGGCCCAAGAUGAAACCAUACUCCAGCAAAUGACUAUGUUACAUGAAAAGGAUCGACAGAUUCUUAAAAUCGAGGAGGAAAAGCACCGGGUGAGGGAGCGAGAGCUGGGUAAGAACUACCUUCUAGAGACAUACUUAAAGGACUUGGAUGAGCCCCAGGAAAAGAACCAGGACAUUGAAUACUUUAAAGAGAAGCCACAGGAGAUACCCGAAGAUCCAAACUUUGAGGCAAUGUCAGUUAUGGAUCAAAAUAGGGAUCUAUCUAGGGCCUUCCGAACGGCGUUAAAUAGUGACACUGGCCAGGACGAGAUCCGAGUUUACUGGCUAGAAAAAAUUCACGCGGUAAACAAACAACUGCAAUGUGAAGAGGAACUUCUGCUCAGCCUGCACUCCAAGGUACGUAGACACCAGGUGAAACGGGCGUACCAAACGAAGAGCGAGGUGCUACUACAAAUCGAAAGACUCGAUACAGAAUUGGCUGCUCAGGUGGCGGAUAUCCACCAUGUGGAACGAAAACUUUUCACGGCCAAUGAACAGCUUAAAGCCAAACUUGCUGUGCUUGAAUGUUUAAGUCGUGAAUUUGAGACUACGGUAUCUGGUGGCGUCCAAGAAGGUGCUAUUGCCAUUGCAAGCAAGGCAGUUGCAAAGGCUCAGCUAAGCCAAUCUUCCUCGUCACAUUCAGAUGAUCCCCAACCCCCUGGGAAUUGGCUGCACGUUGUUAAGAAACUCUUUGUGGCAGAUCAUCCCAACCCAAGAUUGACGCAACAACCUCUAAAUGACAAGAACUUAUCGGAUCGACUAAUACCGGACAAGGGAAUAUCCAAGCAAAUGUUCGAAGUUCUAAGAUCCCCAGAUCCUACUACCUCAACCAGUGUCCAAAGGAAAGAAUUUGCUUCUAGGCAAGUAAUAUCGCCUGCUUCAGAAAGGGACAUUCAACACCUCGGAACCCUUGUUUAAAGCAGAGAACAAGCGGUAGGCUUCAUGCAAGUAUCUCAUGUAACGUAUUUUGAACAUCCGUACCAAAUUUGUGUCAACUAACCAAAUAGAGAUUAAAUUUUUGUUAUGUUUAA